GCGCAUGUACUUAUUAUUAUAAAAAGCAUGGUAGUAGCGUCAAAAUAAACCAUGUCCAACGCCUAAGUCAUAAUUAUCCUUUCUAUUUAUAUUUCCAUUUCAUUUCCCUUUCCCAAUUAAGCUACCAAGAUGAUUUCUGAGUUCCUCACACUGGUUCUCAUUUUGAUACUCUCUAUUUUCCUUCUCCAAUUUCUUUUCUUUGGGAGAAAAAACAAAUCAAAACCCAAAUUGAAGUACCCUCCAAGCCCACCAGCAAUACCAAUAAUUGGACAUCUCCAUCUCCUUAAACCCCUUAUCCAUCAAGCUUUCCGAGACCUCUCUCUCCGAUAUGGCCCUCUUAUAAGCCUUCAACUUGGUUCUGUUCGAUUCGUCAUUGCAAGCACCCCAGAACUUGCCAAAGAGUUUCUCAAAACCCACGAACUCACAUUUUCUUCACGAAAAAUGAGUAUGGUCAUCAACAUGAUUACCUACGAUAAUGCCACGUUUGCUUUCGCUCCUUAUGACACUUACUGGAAAUUCAUAAAAAAGCUAAGCACCACUGAGCUAUUGGGUAACCGAACCAUGGCACAGUUUCUACCUAUUCGAACUCGGGAACUCCACGAAUUCAUUCAAAUUCUUGCGCACAAAUCAAAGGCCAAUGAGAGCGUGAAUCUCACCGAUGCAUUGUUGAGACUUUCAAACAACAUAAUAUCGCAAAUGAUGUUGAGUAUAAAGAGCUCGGGAACAGACGGUGAAGCAGAACAAGCAAGGGCUUUGGUUCGUGAGGCCACACAAAUUGUCGGAGAAUUUAAUGUGUCAGAUUUCAUAGGGUUCUUUAAAAAGUUAGACUUGCAAGGUUUUAUGAAGAGGGCAACGGACAUACAUAGGAGGUACGAUGCUUUGUUGGAGAAGUUCAUCUCUGAUCGCGAGGAAUCAAGAAAGAAAGCACAAGGUACAAAUGGAGAUGGCAGUGAAGAGAAAUUGAAGGAUUUUCUUGACAUUUUGCUUGAUGUUGGUGAGGAAAAAGAUUGUGAGGUCACGUUGACUAGGAACCAUAUCAAAUCAUUGAUCUUGGAUUAUUUUACAGCAGCUACUGACACAACUGCCAUAUCAGUAGAAUGGACAAUAGCAGAAUUGUUCAACAAUCCAAAGGUGCUGAAGAAAGCCCAAGAAGAGGUGGACAAAGUCACUGGAAAUGAACGAUUGGUGUGUGAAGCAGAUAGUCCAAACUUACCUUAUAUCCAUGCAAUCAUAAAAGAAACAAUGAGGCUUCAUCCACCAAUACCGAUGAUUAUGAGGAAAGGAGUUGAAGAUUGUGUAGUUAAUGGGAAUAUAAUUCCAAAAGGCUCACUAGUAUGUGUAAACAUUUGGGCAAUGGGGAGGGACCCAAAGAUUUGGAAAAACCCAUUAGAGUUCAGGCCAGAGAGGUUUUUAGAAAUUGAAGCAAAUGACAUAGAUAUCAAAGGGCAACACUUUGAGUUGUUGCCAUUUGGUAGUGGAAGAAGAGGUUGCCCUGGCAUGCCUUUGGCCGCGAGGGAAUUGCCCACUAUCAUUGGAGCUCUUAUACAAUGCUUUGAGUGGAAGAUGCUUGAUUCCCGAGGUCAAAUCUUAGAGCAUGGCAAAAGUAAAAUAACUAUGGAUGAACGACCAGGAUUAACUGCUCCUAGGGCUAAUGAUCUUAUUGGUAUUCCAGUUGCAAGAUUAAAUCCCACCCGUUUUCUUCAAGUGAAGUCUUGAGAGAAUUUGUGACUAUGUAAUGCUACAUAUAUUAUGUACUGUGAAAUUUAUGUUGUGAGAAGAGAUGGAGUGUUCUACUUAUAAUAAAGUCAUGCAAUUUUUUUGUUGUUGAUAUGAGAAUGGACGGUAAAAUUUUAUUUCAAACAGUAUCUGUGGUGUAGUUAAUAAUAUAAGAUAAUUUUAUUUCUUUUUUAUGUAUAUAAAUUUU